CUUUUUGAUAAGUGCACUCAACUUCGAGCAACAGCUGUUCCUUACAGCUGUUUAAACGGCAACAGUUUCAUUUGUAUCCGUUAAGUUGCCGUUGGAGUUAUUUAUCAAUUAAAAUAAUGCAAUAUAGCUUAUUAAGUGUGGCCUUUAGGCAAUACAGGCUUUUGGCGAGGCAUCAUGCAAAAUUCGUCAAACGUUGUUACAGUUCAGAUAUUAGAAACAUUGGUAUUUUAGCACAUAUUGACGCAGGCAAAACAACAACAACAGAACGUAUGCUUUUCUAUGCGGGCAAGACACGGUCCUUGGGUGAAGUUCACCGCGGAAACACGGUAACGGAUUACCUCACACAAGAGCGCGAACGAGGCAUUACAAUAUGUAGUUCAGCCGUAACGUUUGGCUGGAAUGGUAAGCGUAUUAAUCUGCUGGACACGCCCGGUCAUAUUGACUUUACAAUGGAGGUAGAACAGUCGCUAUAUGCAGUUGAUGGCGUUAUUAUUGUGCUGGAUGGCACCGCAGGUGUGGAAGCGCAAACAGUUACCGUUUGGACACAGGCUGACAAACACAAUCUGCCGCGGCUUGUGUUCGUCAACAAGAUGGAUCGCCCAGAUGCCAAUUUUGAUAAAUGCGUUGACGACUUGAAGGCGAAACUGGAUGCUAAGCCCAUUUGUAUGCAAAUUCCGGCAAAGAAUAUUGAUGGACAGUUGGGCAUAUACGAUGUGAUAACAAUGGAGCUCUUAACCUGGCAACAAAAAGAUUUAGGUCGUACUUAUAAUAAAGUUAAAUUGGAAGCUUCCGAUGAGCUGCGACAAUUGCAGGAUAAGCGCAAUGAGUUGAUCGAUGAGCUAUCUGGAAUUGAUGAUGAACUGGCUGAAGUGGUCAUUAGCACUGAGAGCUUUCACAACAUCAGUAGUGAGCUAAUUGUGCAGGCCCUGCGACGCGCAACGUGCAGCCAGAAGGUUGUGCCCGUUCUGUUGGGCUCCGCAUAUAAAAAUAUUGGCAUACAAUGUUUGAUGGAUGCUGUGAAUGCUUAUUUGCCAACACCCGCUGAACGAAAUCAAAUCUACAAUUGUUUUGGCAAUGAUUUGGCGGGCAAAGUAUUCAAAAUUGUGCACGAUAAACAGCGCGGCCCACUCACUCUGGUGCGCCUGAUACGUGGCGAGCUGAAGCGAGGAAUGCGUGUGCUCGGUUCGCGUGGACAGGCGGAGGUUAUUACGAAAAUUUAUGAGCCACUGGCUGAUGAAUAUCGAGAGGUGAACUCCAUCCAGGCGGGCGAUGUGGCGAUAUGCUCGGGUCUGAAGUCCACAGUUACUGGUGAUCUGCUUACGACCAGUCACACAUCCUUGAAGAAUGCACAGAAACGUUUUCUGCAAAGCCAGGACUCCACGGUCCCCCAAAAAGAUAAUGAUGACGGGGAUGAUGAGCUGGAUGUCAGUCAUGGGCUGUUUUCGUUUGAGCCCAAAAUACCUGAUGCAGUCUACUUCUGUUCUAUCGAACCGCCCAGCAUAUCAUCUCAAACGGCAAUGGAACAGGCGCUCAAGCAACUCCAGCGUGAAGAUCCCAGUCUGCGUGUUAGCUACGACUCCGUAACCGGGCAGACGGUGCUUGGCGGCAUGGGGGAACUACAUAUGGACAUUGUUAAAUCACGUCUGCUCACUGAAUACAAAAUUGAUGUUGAUCUGGGUCCGUUGCAAAUUGCGUACAAGGAGACCAUCGAAGCACCUGCCAUAACGACUUUGAGCGUGGAAAAAGAAAUUGCGGGCAGCAAGCAAAAUGUGAAUAUAACGCUGGAAGUUGUCAAUAAUCAGACCGAGCUUUUCAGCCUAGAUAAAUCACCUGAGAAUUUGCCAAAUCUGAAUGUUCUACGUCCUCGACUUCUUCAAGUGGUGCGCAAAGGAGCAACUGCUGCUUUGGAGCGUGGACCGCGAGUUGGCGGUCAAGUGGUGGACACUCAGAUUCGUCUCCAUAAUAUCACAGUGGGGCGUGGCACUGCCGACUCGUUUGUCAUGGCUGCGGCGGCACAGUGCGUACAAAAGGUCCUGACCACAAGCGGCACACGGCUAUUAGAGCCUAUCAUGUCCAUUCAAAUUGUAGCGCCCAAUGAGCGUAUAUCGGGAAUUAUAGCUGAUCUGUCAAGGCGUCGCGCAAUUAUAAAAGACGUAGCGCCCAAAGGCGACAGGAAUAAGUUGAUAUUUGUGAAUGCGCCGUUGGCCGAGCUAUCCGGCUAUUCCAGUGCACUGCGUACGAUCAGCUCCGGCACGGCCAGCAUGACAAUGCAGCCAUGCGGCUUCUCAGAAAUGAACCCCUUAGAUGAGGCGAUAGCCGUGCGUCGUGCUCAGGGAUUGGAAUGACACGAUGCCACACUGAUGGUUAUCUAGUUUUAAUUAACAUAGUUCCCAAUAAAUGUUAUGCCCAGUAGCAAAUGCAAAGUUUGUCGAAGUUUUGUUAUCAUUAGAUUCACAAUAAUAAUGCAUUCGUUUUAGAAAUAGUUUUUGAACUGACCAGAAUUUAGUAUUUUAAAAUUUGUUUAAAUUUGUGUUACAAAAUUUAAUGAAUUGAACCGGUGCGAACUCUUUGGCACUACAAAAUGGCGUUCUCAACGCAAAAAAUAUUUUUUCAUGUACCGUUUAUGAACGAAAAAUACGGCUUUGAGUGCGUGAACCCUUGUGUAAAAUUGAAAAGUUAUCCGUCAACAACCGAUAAGCGUUCUUGGUCAGCGAGCGAUACCAAAAAGUCUCGGUUUUUGGUUGAUCUAGUCGGUUGCCAUACAUUUGUGGUCGUGCGCCGUGAGCGAAAACGCAACAGAUCUCCCAGCAAAGGUCAAGGUCGGGGGCGUACUGGGGACAAGGUACAAAGUGCGGAACACAAGAAGGCCAGAAAGAGUCCAAGUCGCUACGGGGACUCAAGAGGCCAAGAGCAAAGCUCAGGACGUCGGGCACGUUCUGAGCCAGAUAGUAGGCAUGCAUCUAGCCGCAGCCUGUUUAAAGGACGAGGUGGUUAUGGAGGUCCAGUACCGGGUCAAAGAGGACAUGGUCAGCCUGGCAGACGAUUUUCAGGACCCAAUCCGGGUUAUGGAAAUCCGGUUCAACGCCAAAGAAGUUUUCGUGGUCCAAAUCUGGAGAAUCAGGGCCGUGGCGGGCGAGGUUCAAUCGCACACCAGGCCUGGGCAGCGGUAAAUCCUGAAGAAGGGCCAAGACAGGAGCAGAGUGGCUAUGAAUGGCCCGGUCUGUAUGGAAAAGGCUCUGCUGUUCCUGAGCAGAGUGGUGAUCAGUACGGGUAUGGAGGUCCGGGCCAAAUGAGCAAUUAUGAUUGUCCAAACCGGGAACGAAAUUAUUCUGAAGGUCAAGAAAACUUCUAUAGUCUAGGAACAGAUCAAGGCCAAGAACAUGGCGGCAACGUAGAUACAGGUUAUUGGAGAAAUUUUAAUUACGGGGAUCAAGGACCAGGACAGUACCAAGUACAGGACACUUAUGAUGCUCCAAAUCAGGAGAGUGCGGAACCGGCCGACCGAGCUCAGUAUACAAAUGGUUACGAAUAUUCUAAUCAGCAGGGUGAGGGCAACUACCCUAAUUGGCACCCGGACGUUCGUGAGUUAGGUCAAGCCCACGUGCUUUACGGUGAUGAGAAUAUGGGAAGAUUGGGAGAAACUGAAGGAGGACUAGAACAGGGGGAAGGCUGGAUCAACAACGAGGGCACGCGACAGCAGGAUCAAUGGCAUGAUGAUCAGGCUGGAGAAGAACUAGGUCAAAGUUCUUACAACAACGGAACCGGAAAUCAAAGAAGUAUGUAUGACUCAUCUCAUUAUCAUGACGCAAGUUAGUCAAGAGAAAUAUGCAAGCUUUUAUCAAACAAUAAUUUUUCUUCGAAAAUUAAGAGUCGCACGUGUGAAAUAAAACUAUAUGAAGAGAAAAGUAAUACAUCAAAAUAAAACAAUAUAAAUUUGUAUGUUUGAAAAUUCA